AUGCCGCAAAAAAAGAAAAGUAGUCUUUCUCAAUACACUAGAAGGGCUAAAAGGAUGAGACAAGUUCGAUCGCAAGAGACAAAUGAGGACCGUGAGCACCGUUUAGCUUACAAUAGAGAACAAACUGCGGAAUCUCGGGCAUCAGAGUCCAGUUUUAAUAAUGAAACGCGCUUAGCUACAGAUCGCGAACGUCACGCGUUGUCUCGCGCUUCGGAAACAUUAACAAAUUACUCUCAGCGUUUAAAAGUAGACCGUGAACGUCAUAUCGAGUCUCGAGCUUUAGAGACGUUUACGGAGCAUUCAGAAAGGUUGACUGCAGACCGUGAACGUCAUGCUGAAAGUCGCGCUUCAGAAACGUUUACGCAAUAUUCAGACCGCUUGACAGCAGACCGUGAGCGUCAUGCUGAGGUUCGCGCUUCGGAAACAUUUACGGAGUGUUCAGAACGGUUGACUGCAGACCGUGAACGUCAUGCUGAGUCUCGCGCUUCAGAAACGUUUACUCAAUAUUCGGAACGCUUGACUGCAGACCGUGAGCGUCAUGCUGAGUCUCGCGCUUCAGAAACGUUUACUCAAUAUUCGGAACGCUUGACUGCAGAUCGUGAGCGUCAUGUCGAGUCUCGCGCUUCGGAAACAUUUACGGAGUGUUCAGAACGGUUGACUGCAGACCGUGAAAGUCAUGCUGAGUCUCGCGCUUCAGAAACGCUAACUCAAUAUUCGGAACGCUUGACUGCAGACCGGGAACGUCAUGCAAGAUCACGUGCUUCGGAAUCAUUUACUCAAUAUGAAGCGAGGUUAGCAGCAGAUAGGGAGAGCCGUUCGGUAAGUAGGACACAUGAAACCCAGCAGGAGCAUGACUUACGCUUAGAAUUGGCAAGGGGAUAUUAUGAAAAUUCGCUUCAACACCGUAACGAACUUUUGUCUUUACAAAGGGAAAGAGUGCAAGCAAUUAGGAGUAACGAGACAGAGAGUGAACGUGCAAUUCGGUUACAAGCUGAUCGUAUUCGUACUUUUAUAAAUCGUUCACCCACCUUUACUCCGCCAUCUAUGGACAGAGAGAACUACACUGAUCUCCCUUGGGUUGAUAAAGAAAAUAGUGGUUUUACCUACACUUUUAAUAUUGACUAUAGUGAAUUUGCCGAGAUCGGAAGAAUGAUUCGCACUUGUAGUCAUUGUCAAUCACUUAAGUGGUCUAAAGAAUCAAACGGGUUUUGCUGUUCAGCUGGCAAGUUCGGUGAAACCGCUUCUCGCAGCAAAGACAGGAUAUUAACGUCGGCGGGUUUCAGUUAA